UUUCUCUAAGUUCCUCAUUCUGGAGGCAGAGUGUAACAGUCCAUGUCGACCGGCUGACCCACUUGUUGAGCCAAAUAUUGCCUGUGAAAAACACGGAGAAGUAAUCAGAGGACUAAAACAACUUCUUCACAGUGGAUGAACUGUUUCCUCCUUAACCAGGGAUACACAGUAAGAGAGGCAGCAUGGGCUGUAUGAAGUCCACGCUGGGCGGAGGUGUGAGCGGAGGUGUGGAGGGGAAGACUAACCAGCCGCCUGUACGUACCGACCACACGCACUAUGUCAGAGACCCCACCUCCAAAACAAAAAGCAACAUAAAUAGCUCCCUGCUACCUGGUCAGGUGUUCCAAAAGAUGGAAGAGCAAAACGUUGGUAAAACUGUGAUCGGCCUUUUCCCGUAUGAAGCUGUGCAUCCCGACGACUUGGGGUUCAAGAAAGGAGAAAAGCUGAAAAUCUUAGAGGAACACGGGGAGUGGUGGAAAGCAAAGUCACUGACAACCAACAAAGAAGGAUUCAUCCCGUGCAAUUAUGUUGCCCAAGCUGACACCAUGGAAACAGAGGAGUGGUUUUUCAAGGACAUCACAAGAAAAGAUGCAGAGAGGCAGCUGCUGGCGCCUGCAAACAAACCCGGCUCUUAUCUUAUCAGGGAAAGUGAAACAUCAAAAGGAAGUUUCUCAUUGUCCAUCAGAGAUGCGGACGCCCAGGGGACAGAUUCAGUCAAACACUAUAAGAUCAGGAUGAUGGAUAAUGGCGGCUACUACAUCUCUCCUAAAAUAUCCUUCCUGGACAUCGGCAGCAUGAUCAAACACUACCACAACAAACCGGACGGCCUGUGUCGUAAACUGGACCGCUCAUGUGUGAAACCCAAAGCUCAGAAGCCGUGGGAUAAAGAUGCCUGGGAGAUUUCCAAAGAUUCUAUUAGGAUGGUGAAGAAACUCGGAGCGGGGCAGUUUGGAGAAGUCUGGAUGGCUCACUACAACAACGCAACCACAGUGGCGGUGAAGACGCUGAAGCCGGGCACCAUGACGGUCGAAGCCUUCAUGGAAGAAGCCAACCACAUGAAGACGCUGCAGCACGACAGGCUGGUGCGGCUCUACGCUGUCGUCACCAAGACGCCACCAAUCUAUAUCAUCACAGAGUAUAUGUCAAAUGGGAGCCUACUAGACUUCCUAAAGAGCGACGAAGGAUGCAGACUUCUACUACCAAAGCUCAUCGAUUUCUCAGCGCAGAUAUCGGAGGGCAUGGCGUACAUAGAGAAGAAGAACUACAUUCACAGAGACCUGAGAGCCGCUAACGUCCUGGUGUCAGAGAGUCUGCUCUGUAAAAUAGCCGAUUUUGGUCUGGCAAGAGUCAUAGAGGACGACGAGUACUCGGCCAGAGAGGGAGCCAAAUUCCCCAUUAAGUGGACCGCUCCGGAGGCCAUCAACUUCGGCUCCUUCACCAUCAAGUCAGACAUGUGGUCCUUCGGAGUUCUGCUCUACGAGAUUAUAACCUACGGCAAAAUCCCUUAUCCAGGUAUGACCAAAGUAGAGGUGAUAACCUCGAUACAGCGCGGCUACCGGAUGCCUCAGCCCGACAACUGUCCCGCCGAGCUCUACGAGAUCCUGAUGACCUGCUGGAAGAACAAACCCGAAGAACGGCCCACCUUUGAGUACAUGCAGAGUGUCCUGGAUGACUUCUACACCGCCACAGAGGGACAAUACCAGCAGCAACCAUAGAGAGGAACAACAUAAAGACAUUUCACAUGCACUCCACAUUAUGUUUGGAGCUACUUUAGAUAGGUUUUGUAAUAUUAUGUAUAUACUUUACGACACAUUCUAUACAUUUAUACAAUGUAUAUUUCUCUGAUAUUUGCUGUUCAUAACAUAC